AGAAAAUGCCAAUAUGGCACCCUCAAUCACCCCCCACACCCCAUAUGCUGCGACUCCAUCCAUCAAGGGAGAAGAGAAGAGGCUCUGCAAAUCCACAUCUCCAUUGUUUAAGGGAGCUCAAUCAAGCAAGAAGCUAAAUCAAGAAGGAAGAGUUGCAAAAAUAGAGAAAAACCUUGGGAAUAAAGGUAUUCAAGGAACUUUCACGGAGUUGAAAGGGUCGCCGGAGUUGUCGCCGGAGUUCGUCGAAGUUCGCCGGAGUUUCGCCGGAGCUAAAUCGGGGAGGCUAGAACUUCAUAAGCUUCAUUAAGGUUGAGGCUAGAGUCCUACUACCUGCACCUUUGCCUAGGGUGACUGAUCGAGAAGGAAGACGUGGUUCGUGCUUCCAUUCUUAUUUCAAAUGUAUAAACCGCUCAUGGAUUUUUGAACAAUAUUUUCAUUAAAACAGUUGGGGGCCUGCGUGCCCGUGUUUGCCACGUGUGGCUAAGUAUCAAACAUUUUAUUAUUUCCGCAUUUGUUUUAUUAU